CGCUUCUGAAGAGGAAGCUCUACAGCGGACAUUGCUACACUACACUGUAGCAUUAGGAAACAUUGAACAAUCGCUGCAUUUAGUUUCGUAUAGGUCAGCAUAGUAAUUCCAGUGGCAAAGAAAAUCAGUCGUUCCCGUACUAAGCAUUUGACAUAGGCUUGUUACGUGGGGUCUUUGUUGUAUGCUUACAUGCAGCAUACAGUAUUGCUGAAAAGGUAUAGGCUCUGAAACAAGGUGCAGUGAUGAGCUUCUUUAGUUUUGGUCAAAGUGCAGAAAUCGAUAUUGUUUUGAAUGACGCCGAGACAAGAAAGAAAGCAGAACAUAAGACGGAGGAUGGGAAAAAGGACAACUAUUUUCUGUUCUAUGAUGGCGAAACAGUAUCUGGAAAAAUCAACGUAACACUCAAGAAUCCAGGGAAAAGACUCGAGCAUCAAGGCAUCAAAAUCGAGUUUAUUGGGCAGAUUGAGCUGUAUUACGACAGGGGAAACCACCACGAGUUUGUGUCUCUGGUCAAAGACCUGGCCCGACCUGGGGAGCUAACGCAGUCCCAGACCUUUGACUUUGAGUUCACACAUGUGGAGAAACCAUACGAGUCCUACACAGGCCAGAAUGUCAAAUUACGCUACUUUCUGAGGGCAACGGUAAGCCGGAGACUGAAUGACAUCAGUAAAGAGAUGGAAAUUGUUGUGCACACACUCAGCACAUACCCAGAACUCAACUCGUCUAUUAAGAUGGAAGUGGGAAUCGAAGACUGUCUACACAUUGAGUUUGAGUACAACAAGUCCAAGUACCACCUAAAAGAUGUUAUUGUGGGGAAAAUCUACUUCUUGUUGGUACGGAUCAAGAUCAGACAUAUGGAAAUUGAUAUCAUUAAGAGAGAGACCACGGGAACUGGCCCAAACGUGUACCAUGAAAACGACACCAUAGCCAAGUACGAGAUUAUGGACGGAGCGCCAGUAAGGGGAGAAUCAAUUCCUAUCCGACUUUUCCUGGCUGGCUAUGAGAUGACUCCUACGAUGAGGGACAUCAACAAAAAGUACUCUGUGCGGUAUUACCUCAACCUGGUACUCAUAGACGAGGAGGAGAGGCGCUACUUCAAACAGCAGUUUAUGCCCUGUGGACUUCACUGGCCUGCUGUGCUCGAUUUAGGAGAUCACUCUGUGGAGGAAGGGGGACAUAAUGAGGAAGAGCAUGUCUCACCAAGCCGCCAUCGCCUCGCAACGCUUCGAGGGCUCAUCCAGUGCCGAGAAAGCCCUUGCUCAGGCCCAGGCUAAGGAACAGGAACAGUAAACCUCAGCAUAGCUUACAUGGGAUCUGUCUGUGUGUUUCACUGCGUCUAUGAAUGUGCUUGUAUUUUUCAGACCAUUAUUUGACUGUAUUUCUACCCUAGCACCGUCACAAUCUCAUUACCAGCCGUGAUGGAACCACUUUCUCCAGCAAAUGCAGCUGAAAAGGGAUACACAUUUAGAUUUUAUAAUUCAGUGUUUCAAGAAAUUAGGCAUUGUCAAAGUAUAGUUUAAUUUCUCAUCAAGCUUUUCUGCAGUUCUGAUUAGCUUAUCAUGCUUUGCUCUUCUCUGUUGUUCAACAAGCAAGUGAGGAGGCUGAUUACAUCAGUGUCCUAUCAGUUGAACUCCCUGAAUGUCCAAGUUUGCAGUUAGCUCUAAAUGUAUUUUAUUCAUCCUUCAAUGUGUGUACUUGACUGAAUUUAUACUUGGGAUAUUGCUUGUCCACAGCAAAAGUAAAGAACAAUCACUGGAGGAUAUCUUUCAAAGCUUGGAUACACCUUGCAUUUACAUGUGGACUGGUCAAGAUGAUCAAAUCUCUAUUUUGAUCAAUUCCACCUGCGUCCACCUACUGUACAUGGAAUUGGUCUGCAACAUUUUAUUCAGCAAAAUGUAAUGCAAAUGUAAUUAAAAACUUGCUUAGGGAAAAUGUUUCUAUUGUUGUUAAACAAUGUACAAUACAUUUCAUUCCAUUAUAA